AUGGAUCAAGAAGAUCUUACGGCUUCUCAUUGGGAUGAUGUGAUUUCUCCUGCCACUGGAUCUUCUUUCACGAAUUUACACAGUACAUUUCUUCCACCAAGUAAUGAUUUUAAUGAGCUCAAAAUCAACAAGGAUUCCUCUGAGGAAGAGGAAGAUAAUAGCGAUAAAGAUGGCUCUGGCUCUCGGAGUAGUGACCAGGGUGGCUCUGAUGAAGGAUUUAGUAAUGAUGGGGAAUUUCGUGGCGAUAGCAGCGCUUAUGUAAGAGAAUCUGAAAUGAAUCAGCUUAAAGAAUUAAAAAAAGAAGAAAGGAAAGAGCACAAGCAUCAAUUGCUCUCGGAAUUGGUUCAGGGGUCUGAAGAUCAUGUCUUAGAACUGUCAGUAGUAUCACCUGAGAGGAUCGAUUCUUCGAAAGCCUUGUUCAACGACAAAGAUAGCCCAGUAAAAGCUGUUGGAAACAAUCAUGACCUUGAAACCUAUUCGUCGCCCAAAAGACCAUUUAACUUGAAGAACAGUUUUAAAGCACCUAGACCUAGGAAAUAUAAUCCAAGGACAAUAAUAAAUCAUCUAAAUGAAUCUGAUAAUGCAGAUCAAGAAAGGCACUUGGGACCCUUAGGUGACGUCGAUCUGGCGGAUCAAGGUGACGCAAAUUCGGUUACAUCUAAAAAAAUCAAGGCAGAACAGUUAGUUGAGGAAUCCAAUGCUCCCUUAUAUCAAAUAAAUACGAAGUCAGAGGAGGAAAGGGUGAAAGAACUUAAUACACGAAAUUGGCAAACUGCUGAAGUUAACGAUGAGGGGCUAAAAGAACAUGAUCAUUUUCUAAAGGCAGAAGCCAGUCCAUUAGAGAUAACAGUUGGUGAUCCAAUGAAGGUUGGUGAUAUUACUAAUGCGCAUAUUGUUUACUCUAUUAAGUCUAAGAGAAAAAAUUCCAGUCUGACGGCAUCAAACUUUCCUAAAACUGACGAUUUUAUUACGGUUUCAAGAAGAUACAGAGACUUUAGGUGGGUAUACCAUCAACUUCAGAAUAAUCAUCCAGGUGUGAUUAUCCCGCCGCCUCCAACAAAGCAAACAUAUAUCGGCAGAUUUAACGAGAACUUCAUCGAAAACAGAAGGUUAUCAUUAGAAAAAAUGUUGAGCAAAAUCAGUUCUAUUCCACCAUUAUGCAACGAUGAAGAUUUUAUUAUGUUUCUCACUAGUGAAGACUUCGCUAACGAAUCAAAGGAACGUGAAAGAUUAAGUGGCUCCGGUGCUUCAGUACAGAAUAACGAUGCACUUGAUAAUGAGCAUAGUAUAAGUGGUAAUGAUGAUGUCAGCAACUCCGGAAGCAUUGGUAGUGGAUCCGGUUCUUUAAUGCCAGGAGGAACUGUAGGGGGUGGGUUUAUGAGCUCUCUCUUUUCGAUAUCUACAAAGAUGACAGAUCCAGAUGAUUUUUUCGUCAGAAAAAAGGAUUAUAUUGAAGAUCUAGAACAAAAUCUUAGGAAUCUUUACAAAUCGAUUGAGUUGAUAGGAACUCAAAGGUUAGAAAUGAUAUCUCUUUUGGAUGAAAUAUCGCUAACGGUAGAUGAGCUUGCUGACCUCGAGAUCCUGAAGGUCACAAGUGACUUGUUGAAUGCUUUCAGUGAUGUUCAAUUAAAAUUAAAGGAAAAUCUUGAUAGGGUCAACUUACAAGAUCAAUUAACCUUAGGCUUCACGAUCGAAGAAUACUUGAGGAUUAUUGGUUCCGUCAAGUUCACGUUUGAAACAAGAAUGAAGAUAUACCUGCAGUUUCAUUCCUUCAAUCAGGAUUUGCAAAAGAAGCAAGCUCAAUUAGACAAAUUGAACAAAAAAUACAAAGCCCAGGUCGACAAAAUUAAUAUGCUAACUUUUGAAGUUGAUAAGCUUAAGCAGAGAACAGCAGCAUACGAGAAGAAAUUUGUUUCUAUAAGCGAUACCAUAAAAUCAGAAUUGGAGAAGUUCGAAUUUCAAAAGAUCGACGACUUUAGAAAUAGUGUAGAGAUCUUUAUCGAAAGCUCAAUAGAGUCUCAGAAAGAGGCAAUUGAGCUCUGGGAAACUUUCUAUGAACGUCAAAACUUGGCAAAAGUAUAG